UAACUUUUCAAAUUCUUCCACCAAAAUCUCUUUCUACACUUCAAUCAACACUCCUACGCCUCAACUCGUUCGGCCUCACACUUAACAUUUUCCAGGAUUUCCGUCUGUAGUGCAAAUAUAAUAGCCUUUCAAUUGAUCAUCCGGGCCUUUUUCAGCUAGAUUCCACAGCUACUUGUUUAGUUUUGCUAAGAUAGGAAGCUGUUUUAUGUUUCUAUUGGGGAAUCAAGUAUUUGUUCACGUUAUUAAUUGCCAAGUAUUUACUUACCCACAUACAUACCACCUUUUUAUAUUUAUUUACAUGAUGAUUGAUACAAUGUCCUCUAUACUGAUGUAAUACGGGCCGUGUCAUUUUGGGACUCUCGGUAUAGUUACGAGAAGGUGAAUGUUCUCCUUCAUGUUAGCAAAGUGUAGGUAGAUAUUAGGUUUCUGGCGUCCCGAUUCGACCUGACAUCUGCGAGAAUGGACAUGAUUGGUCAGGUCUGCCGGCUAGUGGUCCCCCGAUCUGGUACCACCGUUGCGUGGAAUCUGGUGAGGGGCACUGCGGGCGGUGCGGAAGUACCUAUAAGAUCAGCGUCUAGAAGCUGUGUAACUUCUACCCGCAGCACAUCUGCUGCAUAUUUCUCAAAACAAUCAAUGAGACAAUACACUACCUACCGGUAUACAACCUCUUCUAGCUCGACAAUACCCGGACGAGUUGAUUGCUUUUUUAAGUUAUUGGAUAAAAGUCACAGGACAGUUAAACCCUGUCGACGGUUUACUUCAACACCUGCCAAUUUCGUCAUCAGCUCGGCCAACCAAGCUCAAGAUUCGCAUCAUCAAUCUAAAGACAGACCCAGACAAACAGGACCCCACCUUGAUUCAUACCACAAUACCACCGCACGUGUGUCUAUUAGUAGCCGUGCUAAUACCAAGAACAACAUUAACACCCGACACCGCAACCGCUUCUUCAACCACUCUUUCAGCCGUCUCUUCUCUUCAUCGUCCAGACUCUCUUGUUCGGCCAUCAUCCCUUCAUCCAUCAUGGCAGACCGAGACGUUCUCCCCUCUACCGUCACCCCUUCUCAUUAUGACCUCAACAUCUCCUCCCUGAACUUUAAAGACUGGUCGUACAAUGGAAACGUGACCAUCAAUGUUUCUAUUACUGAACCUGUCAAGGAGAUUGUUAUCAACUCUAUUGAGCUCAAGUUACUUACUGCUAAGAUCACGCCUGACUCCACCAAGCCUACACAAUCCCAAGAGACCACUACGUUUAACUACGAUGAGAAGAAGCAACGGGCCACCCUCGUCUUCGCUGACGAGGUACCGGCCUCGCAACUGGCUACUCUUCAGAUUACUUUUCAGGGAAUCAUGAACAACGACAUGGCUGGCUUCUACCGAAGCAAAUAUAAGCCUGUCGUCCCCGCAGCCGCUUCAGUACCUAGAGACGAUACCUUCCACUACAUGUUGAGCACUCAGUUCGAAGCCUGCGAUGCCCGCCGAGCUUUCCCUUGUUUUGACGAGCCACGAUUAAAGGCAACUUUCGACCUUCAGAUCGAAAUACCGGAGGAUCAGGUUGCCUUGUCUAACAUGCCUGCCAAGAGCUCUUCUAAGACUCGUGAUGGUUUUGUAUCGGUUGCCUUUGAACGAACCCCGGUCAUGAGCACUUACCUUUUGGCCUGGGCGGUUGGAGACUUCGAGUACGUCGAAGCCUUUACCGAACGCAAGUACAAUGGCAAGCAGAUUCCCGUGCGUGUCUACACUACUCGUGGGCUGAAGGAGCAAGGUCGAUUCGCUUUAGAACACGCGCCGAAGACCAUUGACUUGUUUUCUGAGAGCUUCGGUAUCGAUUAUCCUCUUCCAAAGUCUGACUUGCUCGCCGUCCACGAGUUUACGCAUGGAGCAAUGGAAAACUGGGGUCUCGUAACCUAUCGUACGACAGCUGUCCUUUUCGACGAGAAGACCUCAGAUGCUAGAUACAAGAACCGUGUUGCAUACGUCGUUGCCCACGAAUUGGCUCAUCAAUGGUUUGGCAAUCUUGUUACCAUGGAUUGGUGGGACGAGCUUUGGCUGAACGAAUCUUUUGCCACUUGGGCAGGUUGGUACGCCGUCAACGAGUUCCAUCCCGACUGGCAAGUUUGGGCCCAAUUCGUGAACGAGGGAAUGGAAAUGGCCUUCAAGCUCGAUGGAAUGCGUGCGUCCCACCCUGUUCACGUCCCGGUCAAAGAUGCUUUAGAUGUAAACCAGAUCUUUGACCAUAUCAGUUAUCUCAAGGGAUGCUCUACAUUGCGAAUGCUGGUCAGCCAACUCGGAGAGAAGACUUUCCUCCAGGGAGUUGGCGCAUAUUUAAGGAAGCACGCUUACGGCAAUGCUAAGACCGAAUAUCUCUGGCAGGCACUAACCGAGGCCUCCGGAACCGACGUUAAUGGCCUGAUGGGCAACUGGAUAGAGAAGAUUGGACAUCCGUUGUUGACCGUCGCUGAGGAGCCAGGUCAGAUAUCGAUUAAGCAGAAUCGAUACCUCUCGACUGGUGAUGUAAAGCCAGAAGAGGACGAGACCGUAUGGUGGGUGCCGCUGUCGUUACAGGGCAAGGUCGGACAGCAGGAUAUCCAGAGAUUUGCUCUUACUGAGAAGAGCACAACAAUCCGUGACAUCGAUAACGACUUCUACAAGAUCAACAGCAACGCCACCGGCUUCUACCGAACCAACUACCCCCCAGCACGUCUUGCGAAGCUUAGCACCCAACUCGAUCGUCUAAGCAACGAAGACAAGAUCUCUAUCAUUGGUUCCGCGGCGGACUUGGCAUUUUCUGGUUAUGGCACCACCCCUGCCCUUCUCUCUUUCAUUAAGGGUUUUGGAGGUGAGACCAACCACCUUGUUUGGGCACAGGUCCUAGAUUCCGUUGGACUAGUCAAGACCAUCUUUGGAGACGAUGACGAAAUCAAGCGCGGCCUAGAGCAGUUUAUUCUUAAGCUUGUCAGCAAUGCUGUGGAGAAGAUUGGAUGGGAGUUCCCAGAAGGCGAGGACUAUCUCACAGGCCUGCUACGUAAGCGACUUCUGCUUAGCGCUGCAGCAAACGGCCACCAGGGAGUAACCGAGAAGGCGAAGUCGUUGUUCGACUCCUGGGUUGAGAAGGGAACCCCUCUACAUCCGAACCUAAGAACCGUAGUCUACCGUACCGCAGUCAAGACUGACCCGGCCAAGGCAGUGGAGGUCCUCAAGAAAGAAUGGUACACCGGUGCAUCCAUCGACGGCAAGGAAGUCUGUCUAGCCUCAUUAGGCCACGUCCGCGACCCCGAAAUCAUCUCCAAGAGCCUCCUUCCCUUCAACUGCGACCUGUCACCACCCGCGCCCCCAUCGGAGUCCGUACCAUCGGGCGACAUGCAUUCCCUCGGCAGCGCCCUAUCAACGAACUCCGUCGCACGCCCCAUCCAGUGGAAGUACAUCCAGGACAACUGGGAGAAGCUGACGACCAAGAUGGCCAACCCGGUCGUCCUGGACCGCUUCGUCAAGCUCACUCUGCAGAGGUUCACGGAUGCUAAGUACAUCGACGAGAUCGAUGCCUUCUUCAAGGACAAGGACACUAGCGCCUUCGACCGCACCCUCGAGCAGGUAAAGGAUGCUAUUCGUGGCCGCGCCGCUUACCGCGAAAGAGAUGCUAAGGUCAUCAAGGAGUGGCUAAGCGCGAACGGGUAUCUCCAAUAGAAGGAGAUGCAUGGAUGGCGGAGAGUGAGCACAUCCCACAUACUCAGGAUGACAUGCAUACUUAAGAAUCCCACAGACAGUCCUGCGCCGUAGGGAUUCGGCCGCGGUGUCGAGGUGUAGAUAGCUUCGAGGCGGAAAAGCAUUACAAUAAAUAAAUCAAAUAUAUUGUGAAA